AGUGAGUGUGAUGUGAGUCAGUGAGCGGUCCACCCCCCGCACCAAGGUCGCUGUGACCGGCAUUUCCUGCACAAUGACCAACAGCUCCAAGUAACCAGUGAGACAGCGUCAUCCUCAGGAACAUGGGCUCAGCUCUCAGGCUCUGGCUCUUCCUCUUGGGGCCUGUUGUCCCUCUGGAAGUGAUUGAGUCUCCUCCAGCUCUCUCCCUCCUGAGAGGGCAGACCGCUCGGAUUAACUGCAGCCUGAUACCGGGAGAGGAGCGGGCGGAGCUGGUGAGAUAUUAUUGGUGUCGGGCAAGAGACAAUCCUGACUUCAGCGGCAACGGAUCCAGGAACUUCCUGCAAAACAGCCCUCGUGUGUCAGUGUCAGAGAGUUUCCUCAUUAUCCGGGAGCUGAUGGUGAAUGAUUCUGACACUUACCGCUGUGUGGUUCUCAGAGAGAAACCUCGGCCCUGGAAAUACUUCCAGGGAAAUGGAACAACAUUGAACAUCCAAGCGAAACCUGAAAUCUAUCUGACAGCGGAUCCCCAGGAUGAAGGUGUUGGGAUACAGACACUGACUUGUUUGGCUGCGGGAUUUUUCCCGAGGAAUCUGACCAUUUCCUGGAUUGUUGAGGGGGAUGUCUCCUACCAGGAGGAGCCGGGCUCGCUGACAGUAAACACGGACACCAGUUACAACCUGAGCUCCCGGCUGCGGAUUGCAAAGCCCCAGCGGGAGCAGGGAGCCGCCGUCUCCUGUCACAUUCAGCACAGCACCUUCACUGGGUCAGUGAGGACAAGGCUCAGAGCCAGUCCAGGUUUUUCUAAGUAUUAUUACCUCGGCCUGCUGAGUCUUAUCCUUAUUGUACCGUUUUGUCUUUGGAUCAUAAAGAGUCAAUGCUAUAAACAGAAGAAUGGAAAAGAUUCAUCAUCCCAUGGUAAAGAUGUUGAUGAUCAAGUAAUGGAAAAAUCAGAAUGUGCAGAUAAUAUUUCUCUCAGCAAUGAAACUCUUCAUUAUGCAUCUGUUCAUGUCAAAACUCUUCCAAAAUCGAAACAAAAACAGGAAUUGAAAAGACCAGAGCAGGGCCAGACAACAGAAUAUGCCGUUCUAAAGGUCAAAGAUAAAAAUAAUCAAUUCUACAGAGAUUACUCAGUUGCCAGCAUUUGCCCCACAUCAAACAUAAAGCAAACUGCUAACUACAUAGGAACCACAUACGCUUCUCUUAAGAAAUGAACAUUUCAUAUCAUUUCAGAUCAUUCGUUUUCUCAAGGGCAAUUAAGAAUGCCACCAAAUUGCUGAGCUAGUCAGCAACUCUAAUGUCUUCAAAAGUGUGAUUUGGGUAGGGAAUGGUUUUGCAAUUGUAAAUGCAUAAACAAAUGUAUUUUUAA